CAUUGCUGCUGCGUGCAUUUUUCUUGAGUUUAUAUGAAGGAGCCAACAGGCGGUUGUUGUGUGUGCUUGGACGAACGUGGCUGGUCAGAGAACAAGCUUGUCUACUGCGACGGACGCGGAUGCAACGUUGCUGUUCACCAAGCUUGCUAUGGAAUUACCAGAAUUCCUUCCGGUUCGUGGUUUUGUCGCAAAUGCGAGUCGCAGGAGCGAGUAGCGCGAGUGAGGUGUGAAUUGUGUCCGAGUAAAGAGGGAGCUCUGAAGAGAACUGACACUGGCGGUUGGGCACACGUCGUAUGUGCACUGUAUAUACCAGAGGUUGCAUUUGGAGAUGUCAGCACAAUGGAACCGAUACUGAUGUCAAGAGUCACUCGUGACAAAUAUGGCAAAGUCUGCUACUUGUGUGUCCAACAAAAUCGCCAAAGUGAUGCAGGAUAUGGAGCUUGUAUCAAAUGUGCUAAGCCUUCUUGCAGAAUUGUCUUUCAUGUCACAUGUGCACAGAGUGCUGGGUUCUUGAGGGAAGAACUACUUGGUCCUGGAUCAUCCACCUACAAAGGAUACUGUUCUGCACAUGCUGAUCAGAAUCCAGCAUUGCCAUUGUACUCGAGCACAUCGAGUGAUAGUACAGCCAAUAUAGACAGCGUUCCAUCUUCUCAGGAAAGGAAAGAGGCGUACAGUCAUCUGACUACAGACACAAUGUCCCAAGAUGAUGAAAGAGAAGUAGGUGUCAGAGGGAAUGGAUGUUUAAGUGACUCAAAGAGCCAACCAAGCUCAAAUUUAUCACUGUUACCUGCUACAAGUACAAAGGCCUUGCUAUCUUCCAAGGUGAAGAGAAAUGCUGCAGCAAAGGUGAAAGCCAAGUCUGUCAGACACCAAAGGGUGUUGAAAAGGGGUGGAGGCAAAAAGCCAUUGCCUUCUAGUAAGAGACCUAAUAAGUCAAGAGAUGGAUCUGUGGAGUCUAAAUCUGAUGAUUUGGAUAAAGAUGUUGAGCCUGCUGUGGGAGGAAAAGAAGGGAACGGCAGUGCAGAUGAUGCAGGGCAUGUUUCUCGUGACAACUCGUCAGAUUCUUUGAUUAACAGUGAACUUGAACGGGAAGAGAAGUUGCCUGCGACUCUGGAAGAGUUCUUAGAGCUGCAGUUGCAAAAGGGCCGUAAAUGUCUUCUGGAUGAAUUGGGUCAAUGUGAUGCUGCAACUUUGCUGACAACGUUGAAGCGUUUACAAGCCGAGAACAAGGAACUGACUGGAGAAAUCGAUCAACUCACACAACGAAAAGAACAUCUCCUCGAACUCAAUCGCUCGUUGUCUAGUCUCGACUCAUCAGGGAAAACGCCCAGUCUUGAUACUGCUUGUAUCUCUAGUGACACCCGUUACCAGGAAACAACAAAGAGACUCGAGACUGUACAAGAAUGUCAACUCAUUGAUGCACGUGUUGAAAACACAACAGAAGCAGCUAAGGAAGAUGUACCGGAAGACUCAAUACCAUCCGCAAACAGUUUGGAGAAAAACUUGCCGAACGAAACAAAAGGAAACACAAAGCCAGCAAAUGGUGACACAAUACCAUCCAAAACAAGCAAGGUAUCAACAAAGAGAAAGCGUAGCACGGCAAAGAAUUCCAAACUCAAGACAUCUAGUAUUAGCAAAACAUCUCUACCAUAUUUUUGUUCUUCGGUGACGAUGGAGUCAGAAUCACCUUCUCAGGUGGCGCUUCCCAUUGCUGUGACUAGCUCUGUUAGUGGCUUCACGAGCUCAGUCAGUGGUGUGACUAACUCUGUCUUCGAAGAGCAGACAACACCACCAUCUGGAAGUCAGACGCAAUUCACAUUAAAUAGGAAGCGUAGAAGCACUGGAGACCGAGGAAAGAAGAAGAGGAGCAGUGCAGAUAGUUUUGCAGAGCUCAAUACAUCUCCGACGCUUCAACAAGUUGGUCAAAGCCACUCGGUCAGCUGCCUUCUGGAUCACAACCAUGCCUGCACACCUUUCUAUCCGUCGACGACGUUUGGUGUGUCGUCCCUGUUGUCGAGUCAGACAUCUGCGUCUUCUUAUGACCUUCCCAAUAGGCUCUUCUAUUCACAACAUCCGUUAGUCCACGACUCGGUCAACUGUGGAAUGCCUUUAACGAGAGCGUUCUCGACCGACUAUACAUCAAGUAGAAGUCCUGAUCCAUCCGGGGUUUUAGGUAUGAGUGGUCUCAGGAUGCAUGGCAUGUCAAGCAGUUUGCCGUUUUACUCGGGUCGACCUACCUGAUGCCUAAUGCUUCGGUUGUCAGUGACAACCACGAAUGUCUGACUUCGAUUAUUUGUAUGUACACUGCAAGUGGAGUCUACAUGAGUACAGACAUUAGAAUUACGCAAAUUUGUUUGGCUUAUCAGAUGGUUGGUCAUCAGUUGAGAUUUUUCGUAUUUUACUUAUUGAAUUUUGACUCAUUAGACGAUGCUUGGAGUAGGUCAGCUGGUACAUGUAGAUGUUAUAUUAUUAUUCUAAUAACCACUUGAAACUAGAAGCUAUUAACGAUGGGAUUGUAGGUUGAAACCAUGGGAUCGCACAAUGUCACAUUUGUUUUGAUUGCAAA